UUUUCAUCCGCUCUCAUUCUUCCCUAUUUUAUAACUUCAUAUUUCUUCACCUAACUAUUUCUUUGGGUAUUCAAUAAUAUAUUUUUUCUUUAUAGUUUUAUUAUUAUUUGUUUUAUUAUAUUACUAAACAACAGUAGUUUCCUAUCUUUUUAUAUAAUUUCACUUUUUAUAAACUUUUUGACAAACUUAAGGUAUGAAAAGUUAUUAUUGUUGUUAUUACUAUUAUUAUUAUUAUAUUAUUGUUAUUAUCAUUUUCAUUAAUCUUAUUAUCAUUAUCAGUAUUAUUACUAUUAUUAUUAUUAGAUAUAAGAAUGAACUGAGGUAGUUUAGCACGUGUGUCUUGAGAUGAAAAAAGUUGCAACUGUUAUUAUUAUUAUUUUUUUUUAAGACCAUUUAGGUGUGAGAAAAGAAAGAGACAUAUUCCAAUAAGGCAAAAAAAAAAAAAAAGAAAGAAAAAACCACUCCUUUUACCCAAUUUAUUUUCCAAACCACCUGUACUUGAAUUUAUAUUGCAAAAUCUUAUUCACAUUUCUAAAGUAGAAACCAUAUACCUACUUGAAUUUUAUGAAGUUUCAUUUCAAACUCUCAAUAAUACAUACUGAAAUAGUUGAUAUAUUAUUUAAAGGUUUGUGAAAGUUUGUAGAAUAAACUGGGACGAUGUAGGGUGUUGGAUUUGAUUUUUUAUUUUUAUUAUUAUUGGUUUGUUGAUGUAUCACUCGUUUGUUUUGGCUUCAUACUAGGUUGGACAAGAAAGGAUAAAGCAAAAGAAAUUCUCUCAACUACUGAACCCUAAUAAAGCAUAAAACAACAAAAUUAGGGCAAUUCUUUUAUUUCGAAAGUAUCAUUUCAUCACUCUUAAUCAUAAAUUUUCACUUUUUAUAUUCUCUGUCUUGAUUUGACAUAAAGAAAAAAAUAAUAAAACCAAACAUAAUUCAGAUAAGUUUUCUAAUCAAUGAUUAAAUUUAACUCAAAAUUUUGGUAAGAUGAUAUUUUUCCAUAUCUAAACUACUUUUAAUUUAUUUAUUUUCUAUAUAUUUAUAAAAUUUAGAACAUAAUCUUUAAUCAAACAAAUAUUCUUUUACAAAAAGCAUACACUAAGUAAAGAAAAAUUGAGGUAAAAACAAAAACGCAUCAAAAUUUCACUAAUCACUUAUAUAACAAAAAGGAAAAAGACCAUUACUACUUUUUUUUAACACUACUAUUUGUUUAUUUGACUAUAGGAUUUAUUCCCUUCUUCUUUUAAAGCUUAUAGGUAUAAACACUACAUUGAUUAAAUUAUGUUCAUUUGGUUUAUUAUAAUAUUUAUGUCUAAAUACCUACAUCAACAUUCUAACAUUUGAAAAAGUGUUAUGUAUUAACAAUUUAAAAACUACAGUGGCUUUUAACAUUUAAAUUUGAUACAACAAACCUUUUCGAUAUUUACUUUUCAAAUGACGAUGAUAUUAAAAAUAAGUAAAUAAAUAAAUCUUGUGAGGACUUUUUUUAUUUUAAUUUUACAGGAUUCUUAUGGAAAAUAGUUUUCUAUUAAGAUCUUUUUAAGAGAGAUUGUAAAAAGUGACAAGGUUAAUGAAAUAUUUAAACUUUAUAGAAAAUUGUGUGAAGUGAGUGUUUGUUAAAUUUUUUAUUGUGAAAUGUAAAUAUUUUAUCUUUUUUAUAAUUCUAUAAAGCUCUUUUUUAAAUAUAAUUGAGAUGUUUGUAAAAAUAGCAAAAAAAAUUGAUCUAUGUCACUAUAUUUCUAAAUUGUAAAAGUAGCAAAUUUAAAAGCGAAUAGCUAUUUGAUAUAUAUAAUUAUUGGUUAAAUUUGCAAUAUGCAAAAAAGAGGUGUUAAGAACUGCUUCUUUUCUAAAUUUUUUUUUGUCAUAUGAUACAAUUUUUCAAUAUAAUUUCAAACAAAAGGAAGUAAUAUUUCAUAUGUAAUUAUCCAUAAAUAAGAGGAAUAUUAUUUUUUGGGAGAAAAAUGGUAUAUUUGACCACUUUUAAACUCUUCAAACAUAUAGUAAUAGUGUUUGAUGCAAUUUUAAUCUUAUCAUCCAUCUCGUAACAUCCUCUAAAAUUUUUGAACUUCAAAGAAAAAAAAUAAAUGAAUAGACACCACGUCAGAAGGACUUAAACACAUGAAAGAUAUGGUUUAGAAUAAGUUUUAAAAAAGGUAAAUAUUUUUGUUUGGAUGAGUUGAUCAUCUAAAAGGGGAAAGGUUUAAUGGUUGGUGGGUAAAAACUAUGGUCUCUCUCAAAUAUGCACACAAUCAUAAUUUAUUUUAUUUUGAUUCAUCCUUGAAUAAAUAAAUGCAUCUUUCAGUUAUUAUAAGUGGGUUGAUGAACUUAGCUAAUAAGAAAGAACAAUUCCAAUGAGAAAGCAAAUGAGGAGACUACUUUCAAACUAAACUUUUCUUGUCUCCUUAAAAAAAAAAAAUUAAUUUAAUAUUAUUAUUAUUAUUAUUAUUAUUAUAAAUCUAAAUCUCUCGAUCUCAAAUACUUUCUUGUUUUUUGGGCUCAUUUUUGUCAUUUGGAUUCAAUUCAAAACCCUGAGAAUUCAAGAACAUAAUCGAAAUUUUCUUCAACUUUCGUAGCUAAAUUCGUAAUUCCACCAUUAAAUUCGUUGUUACUUUGUGGCAUAUGAAUGUCAAAACUUGCUGUCCUUUUCAAUCUACGGAUUUGUGCGGUGAAAUAUUCCACUUCAACGACGAACAGUAGGAAUUGAGCAGCGCAAUAUUUGGCGCGCGGUUGCUUUACUAGCAGGCUCUCACAAAUCGCCAUUGCCAAACCUCAGAGCUGCUUUUCAACUCUUUAUCUUCAUCCUCUUCAUCCAUUUUCACUUUUUUUUUUCUUUUUUUGAAAAUUUCAGAUUAGGAUCUGUUCUUGUUUCUCUGAAAACUGAGAAGCAAAAUUUCCCGAACUUCAUGUUUUGAUGAUUAAGUCCGAGUGCUGAGAUUUAGUCCGUUUGGAAUUUAGUGGGUUUACAAAGGAACCCCUAUUUCAUAUAGAACGAGUUUCAGAUUUUGAGUUUUGUUUGGUGGUGAUCAGAAGAUUGAGUGACAAAGAGGAGAUGGACAUGGAAAGAUUUCUCUCAGCCAUCGUCUCGGAAGUUCAAGCGGGAGGGAACUCUCUGCUUGUCACUAUUAAGAUUGCUGUGUUACCCAUAGCCAAAGUUUUCACUAUGUGCUUUCUGGGUUUUCUUAUGGCAUCUAAAUAUGUCAACAUCUUGCCUGCAAGUGGAAGGAAGCUUUUGAAUGGGUUGGUCUUUUCGCUUUUGCUUCCAUGUUUAAUAUUCUCUCAGCUCGGGCAAGCUAUUACUCUCGAGAAAAUGCUUAAAUGGUGGUUUAUUCCUGCAAACGUUGUUCUGGCUUCGAUAUCAGGGAACAUUGGAAAUGUGCCUCUCGUUCUCAUUGCAGCUCUAUGUAGAGAUGAUAUGAAUCCUUUUGGUGAUGAAGAGAAAUGUAGCACUGAUGGGAUUGCUUAUAUUUCAUAUGGCCAGUGGGUUGGUGCAAUUAUCCUGUACACCUAUGUUUAUGCGAUGCUGGCACCUCCACCUGAGGGUACAUUUGACAUCAAAGAUCAAAAUAUUCCAGUUAAGAAUCUGCUAAAGGAUAAUACGCCUGCACAUGUUCCCUUGCUCAUUCAGGAGGUAGCUUCAAAAUAUCCGGAUGCUCCUAAGAAGGAAGAGACUAAGGGCUUCCUUAUGUAUUGGUUUGACAAAUUGAAGCUCAAGCAAAUUUUUCAGCCUCCUAUCAUUGCUUCGGUCCUAGCUAUGUUAUUGGGUGCAACUCCAUUCUUAAGGCGAUUGAUCUUUACUCCUGAUGCUCCAUUGUUUUUCUUCACUGAUAGCUGCAUAAUGCUCGGGGAGGCUAUGAUUCCAUGUAUCCUGUUGGCAUUGGGAGGAAACCUCGUUGAAGGUCCUGGAAGUUCAAAACUCGGGCUACGGACUACCGCUGCUGUUAUUUUUGCAAGGUUGGUUUUGGUUCCUCCUGCAGGGGUUGGCAUAGUCAUGUUAGCCGACAAGCUUGGCUUCCUUCCUCCAGAUGAUAAAAUGUUCCGAUUCGUUCUUCUUCUUCAGCAUUCGAUGCCAACAUCUGUCCUCUCGAGUGCUGUGGCUACUUUGAGGGGUUGUGGUAGAGAAUCUGCUGCUAUUCUUUUCUGGGUUCAUAUAUUUGCCGUCAUCUCAAUGGCAGGGUGGUUCAUCCUCUACUUCAGGAUACUCUUCUAAAGAAAUUGCAACCUUGUGAAUAAGUUUCAUAUUCCAAUACUUCUCCUUAUUCUUUGUUAAAUAUGGGUGUCAUUGGUUACUUGUAGAGAAGACCAGUAUCGUUUAGAAAUAGUAUUUUUUUGUUUGAGAUGAUUAUGUAUCCUAAAGCUAAUAAGCGAAUUAGUUGCUUCAAUACGGUGGGUGUGAACAAGAGAUAUUCUAUUAAUGAAUAAUCCAUGCUUCGUAGAUCACAUGGAAAAAGACAUUAUGGAGAUGAAUAAAGAGAUUAUGUUAAUUGUA